AUAAUAUUACCAGGUAACAUAUAUCUUCUACUUUUCUCAUAUUCUAUCGAGUAUUUAAAUAGACACGAUGUUCAUCCUUAUCUUGAAUGUUUGGCAUUAUGAUCUACCAAUCUUUCCUCUCACCGAACAGAAAUACAACAUACCCUACAUACCCUACAUACCACAACUUGCACAAGUUACAACUUCACGUCUCUACACUUUUCUUCCACCACGAUAUAAAUCAUGAACGCGGCUCAGGCUUCCUUUCCAGAUGGUCUUAGUACCAUGUCUUUGUAUAUUAAUGAAUUAAUUUUUAUUUGCGCACUUAACUUUAUCAAGGGGAAUCUUAGCAAGGAAUUCUUGAAAGAAAAAUGGACCGAUUCCCUCGUAGACGCCAUCGAAGCAUCUAGUGUUUCCCCCGAAAAUACAAUAAAUGUUCAACUUUUACAGCCGCUGUAUUCUAAAGAGCAUUCUACCCGUUACAUAGGACAGUCCCCGAAUCAUGUAGGACAGUUCGUUAGCCAUUCAGGAUAUUGCUCUUGGUUCUCAAUCAAACUUCUCAAUGUGCUAUGGGACAUGCUUUUCGGUAGGACUCACGGCUCUUCUCCAUGGCAAGACGUUAUUAGGUUUGUUGAACCUCACGUAAACAAUGGCACCGCCGCCGACAUGGCCUAUCUCAACGCCAUCCACCGUAAAAUGAUCCGGGACCCGAUGAAUGCGGAGAAAAUCAUCCUUACAUAUCUUGGAAAGUUCUUUCCAAUGGAGAUUGCGAUACCAAAACUCAUCACUCUGGCCCCUGAAGCUGAUACAUGA